AUGAAACCUCCUAUAAGGUUAUUGCUAUCCUCAUCCAAUUUAUCGAACUUAUCAGGUUAUUCAGUUGGUUCAAGAAGGUUUUGUAGUUCUCUGAGUAAUGUAUCGGAGAAGCAAUCCUCAGUACAGGAGAGACAAAAGGCAAAUGCUAAAGACAAGGUGAAAGUUCCUGUUUUCUCGGGAAGUGACACUCCUGUGAACAUCAACUUUCCAAAUCCAAAAGGAGUGUUCGGGUACGAUCCUGACUUCACCGCCAAGGAAUUGUUAAAAUCUGUUCCCGGUGUAGCAUCAUCCCAAGCCAAAUUACUGAAAGAAGAAUUGAUGCAACAUAGUGGAGGCGUUGAAAAAAUCGAGAUGCUUGAAGACAUUGGAUUGCUAAGACACAACGAAGCUCGAGUCGAGUACAGGUUCAACACAGACAAAUCUAGGGAGUUAUGGAAGACAGGAAGUGAUAGUGAUUGGAACGAAGGCUUCUCGAAUUGUGAGUUAGUACCGACGGAUCACGGUACUUCAAUAUUCAGAGGAACAUUAUCAACAGCAGUUUUGAAAGAUGGACGGAUAGAGAGAGCAGGUUGGGCUUCUCUGAAAUUAGAAGACAGGAAUGCAUUCAACAGAAAAAAAUAUUUAACCAGAUGGAAAAACUUUUCUCAUUUGCUAAUCAAGUGUCGUGGUGAUGGAAGGAGCUACAAAGUUAUGUUGCAUUCUCCUUUAGCAAUAGAUUUUACCUGGGGAGACUCUUUCUCAUAUCCUCUUCAUACUCAUGGAGGUCCUUAUUGGCAGUAUGAGAAAAUCCCGUUCUCUAGGUUUUUCCAUACUGUGAACGGUAGAAUCCAGGACAAACAAUAUCGUGUAAAUUUAGAAGACGUUAGUUCAUUAGGAAUAGUGCUUAUGGAUAGGAUGGAUGGAGAUUUUUCUUUAGAAAUAGAUUGUAUAGGAGUUUAUAAUGAUAGAUCACACGUAGAAGAUUUUGCUUACGAGACGUAUACUUUGCCAGUUUUCAACACUCAUGGAUUUUAA